UCCUGCCUUUUUAAGUGGGCUAACAAAAUUGGUUAUUUCGCUCCUAUCCCCAGAGCUUUGGUUGCUCUUUCACUUCCCACUUCCUCAAGAGCACUGGGUGACAAAGUUAUGGAGAAGCGCCUGCAGGAGGCCCAGCUGUACAAGGAGGAAGGGAACCCAUGUAACCGGGAAGGGAAGUGCCGAGAUGCUGUGCGUGGGUACCAUCGAGCUCUGCAGCAGCUGCGGGGUCUGGAUCCAAGUCUGCCCUCCCCGAUACCUCAUCUGGGACCUCAGGGCCUGGCCCUCACACCUGAACAGGAAAACGUACUCCACACCACCCAGACAGACUGCUACAACAAACUAGCUGCCUGUCUUCUUCAGAUGGAGCCAGUAAACUAUGAACGGGUGAAAGAAUACAGUCAGAAGAUCCUGGAACGACAGCCUGAUAAUGCCAAGGCCCUGUAUCGGGCUGGGGUGGCCUCUUUCCACCUGCAGGACUAUGACCAGGCUUGGCACUACCUCAUGGCUGCUGUCAAUAGGCAGCCAAAAGACGCCAGUGUCCGGCAGUACCUUCAGCUAAUGCAGUGAGAACUCAGCGGCUACCAUCGGAAAGAGAAGCAGCUCUACCUGGGCAUGAUUGCUUAACAAAGAAGAAAGAUACCCCGCCACUGGAACUUAGGUGAACCAUUAAAGACCCACCAAGGGGAAACCUGAGCCUCAGCAAGAGAAAUUAACCCCAUACCUCUGACAGAGGUGAACUUCUAUCUUGUUUCUAGUUCUGCACAAACUCUUUAUUGCUUACAUAGCCUGAGUCUGUUUUUGUUUCUCCAUCUAUGUAUUUAUAUGGCUUUUAAUAUGUGGUAUUAUUAGGGACAUUUGCCUUGAGAAAUACAACCAGAAAACAUUCAUCAGUUAUGGGUGGAAUUAAUCA